AUGCGGGACUUCUUCAAUUCAUUUGAGUCAAUAUGUAUGUGGAUGUAAUUAUGGAUGUCACGGAAAUAGAUUGUUUGUAAUUGUAAGUUAUCAUUGGUUGUAUUUAAUUGUUUUUAGGUGGUAUAUUGCAGUUUAAUUGAGGAGAUUUAGGAUGGAGUACUGAUCGUGGUUAAUAUAGUAGAUAGGCAGUAAGAAAAAGGUCAUAACUUCUUGGUUAAGGUAGAUGUGGGUAAGGUUUUAGUCUUAAAAGACGUGCCAUAGUCUUCUUAAUUUUAAAAAUACUAUGAUUUUACAGUUUAGUGAUAUUUGAAAGAGUUGUAGAGCAUUUAGUUUUGUCAUGGGUAAUAUAUAGGCGUUGGUUAGAAAAAAUGCUAUAACGUUGGUAUGUUGAUGAAUAUAAACAAGGUUUUUGGUUUAAAUAAAGGAGAAUUGUCUUUUCUUAAUUUUUUUAAUUUACUUUUUCAAAUUACAAUUUGAAAGUUUAAAAAAAUGAACAACAAUCUAGGUAUAACAACAAUUUUUAGCGGUAAACCAAGACGAGCCAGGAUCUUUGUUGAUUGCACGCGGAAUGUCGAUUCUUGAAAAGGAAAGUGGAGAACAUUCAGUUGGCCGACAGCUUUUUGUCGUUUCACAUCAAGUCGUGGUGGAUAUUGAUUUUGAUCGUGGCACACAACGAAUCUUUUGGUCUGACAUUGGUGGAGCUACAAUCAAGUCAGCAUGGGUGAACGGAACUGACGUUCAGACUGUUUUUAAGGUGGGAAUUAAAUUUUUUUAAGUUUUGGGGUUUAUUACUUUGAUUAAACAGGAGAAGUUAAAAUUUGUUACCUAAAAAUUUUUAAAAUAUUUAUUUUUGCUUUUUUGACCGAAUUAAAUUCUCCAGAAGAACCAGAGCUCAAGUGCUUUAUAUUUUUAAUCUUUUCAACCGUAAACUUGAGGAUCUUCACAUAGCUGUCAAAGCUGGUGAACUAUUUGAUCUUUUAAUCAUAGCUUUUUUAAUAACAUAGCUAAUACCUGAAAAGUUUGUGUGGUUGUAGACAAUUCUAUUAGACAACUAGUCUAACAAAGGAAAUUUUCAAUUUUUUUUAAAUGGCAAAGCUACACCUACCUCAUCUUUUUUACCCUUUUCACUCAUCAAAACCUAAAUUGCUCCUAAAAUAGGACCCGAAAUUUCCUGAAACGUCAAGAAAAUGUUAAAACAUUAUCUAUAAUAUACUUUCUCUCCUUUUGUCCCGAUCUCAACAAGCCUGAGACAGCCGAGAGUGGGAAAAGUUAUAUGCACUUCAGGUCAGUUGUGUCGUUUGGCAAAAAUUCCUCCGGCUUUUUGAUUAUGUUCUUUAUUUAUUUGAUCUGAAAACACAACAAAAACAAAUAAAAAUGCGAAUGGGAUGUCUGGGAGGGGAUUGUUUUACAUUUUUAUUGGAUUUUACUUGGUGUUUUGUCAUUUUGAGAGGUAUUUUAGGCUUAAAAGAUGUUUUUGAUCCGUAUUUUUAUGAUUUUACUCCUGUAAAAGCUAAAAAAUAAAUAAUUUGUUGUUAAUAUAUGAAGAUUAAUUUUGUUUCAAACAUUUAUGAUUAAAUACAUUUUUAUUAUCGCCCUUUUUUACUGUGCAGUAAACACUUUACAAAUGCCUAUCCCUUCAACGACACACUUGACUAAUUUGAGUCAAUUCUUUUUGUAAAUAAAAAAAUAUUUUUUUUCCUUGUUGCUCUCGAAUAAACUCCAAAGAUACGACCUUUUCCCAACUUCCCACCACUCCUCCGAGUUUCUCAAAUUAACCACGAUAAAAACAACUUACUAUACCAGCUGUUUUCAGGGUUAA